AUUAUUAGGUACUCUCACAUAAUAACCCUUCUAUGUAGUCUCCAGCUUUACUUAUUUUCGGUGGGGCUGAUAAAAGUGUACAUCUUUAGUUGCAUUUAAAAUUUUUUUCUUUUUUUCUAAAUGUUCAUGUAUGGCCCUGCUUUGGCUAUGGCUCAGUUUUGACUGACCUUGUUCUAUCUACUAUUAAGAGUCAGCUAAGACUCCUUAGAGAUCACUCUUGGGAACAUGUGUGAAGCCUCUUGACUUCUUUUGUCUUCCUCUACCAAUUGUGCCAUCUGCUAGCAUGGAUCAGCAUCUUGCUGACUACAUGUGGCUUCCCUUAGAAGCAUUAGGGACAUUUCCCUCUCCAGUCACUUUCCUCUUUGCAGAAUGUGCACUGGUUGGCUUCCUGUUUUCUAGGGUCGUCUUGAUCUUCUUGAUGAGCAGAUUGGGUGACUCACCGGACUUGUAGGACACAGAAAGGGUUCCUGUCUUUCCUUGGAUUGUGGCUGACCCUAGAGGGCAAGGGCCAAAUAUUGGCUGCUUUUCUUCUUGGCCCUUUUACUUCCCUUGAAUUUAGUCUCAAAGUUUUUGGUGUAGGCCAGUUUCACCAGUAUUAAAGUGGGAGUAAUGGGUUUUAAUUUUACAGUAUUUAAUUGGGGUCAGUAUUAGCACUGGAAGUCAGCCUUAUAUUCUGUGUGUCUUACAGAUGAUGACUUAUUAUUUCCAAUUAACUCAGGUUGUUCUAUUAGAAGGAGUACCUCUAUUCCAGUGGAUUGGGUUUCUCUGGAGGCUCAGCUUCUUCUGCCUUUGCUCAAGACACCGCAGCCCCGGGCAUGGAUGGAAGUUUUAGAGCUGCGUGGCAUUUAUUCUUUCUGCUGCAAAGGCCUUGUCCAGCAGGCCAGGCCCCAGGGUGCCCCCAUGUCGGGGCAGCGGGUGGAGGUCGACGGUGGGAUCAUGGAAGGUUACGGCCAGAUCCUUAGGGUCUCCACCACCCUCAGCUGUGUCCUGGGCCUCCCCUUUCGGGUGCAGAAAAUCCAGGCGGGCCACAGCACGCAGGGCCUGAGUAUUAUGACCGGAAGGCCUCAACAUUUAUCUGGACUGGAAAUGAUUGGAGAUUUGUGUGAUGGGCAACUGGAGGGGGCAGAAAUUGUUUUAACUGAAGUAACCUUCACACCAGAGAAGAUCAAAGGUGGAAUCCAUAUAGCAGAUACCAAGACAGCAGGGAGUGUGUGCCUCUUGAUGCAGGCUUCAAUGCCAUGUGUUCUGUUUACUGCUUCUCCAUCAGUACUUGGUUUGAAAGGUGGAACUAAUGCUGAAAUGGCACCACAGAUGGACUACACCAUGAUGGUCUUCAAGCCAAUUGUUGAAAAAUUUGGUUUUAAUUUUAAUUGUGACAUCAAAAUGAGGGGCUGUUAUCCUAAAGGUGGUGGUGAAGUGAUUGUUCGAAUGUCACCAGUUACACAGUUGAACCCAAUAAAUUUAACUGAUUGUGGCUCUGUGACUAAGAUAUAUGGAAGAGCUUUUGUUGCUGGUGUUCUGCCAUUUAAAGUAGCAAAAGAUACAGCGGCAGCGGCUGUGAGAUGCAUCAUCAGAAAGGAGAUCAGAGAUCUAUAUGUUAACAUCCAGCCUGUUCAGGAACCCAAAGACCAAGCAUUUGGCAAUGGAAAUGGAAUAAUAAUUAUUGCUGAGACAUCCACAGGCUGUUUGUUUGCUGGAUCAUUGCUUGGGAAAUGAGGUGUAAAUGCAUACAAGGUUGGAAUUGAUGCUGCUGAAAUGCUGUUAGCUAAUCUUAGACAUAGUGGAACUGUGGAUGAGUUUCUGCAAGACCAGCUGAUUAUUUUCAUGGCAUUAGCCAAUGGAGUUUCCAGAAUAAAAACAGGGCCAGUUACACUCCAUACACAAACUGCUAUACAUUUUGCUGAACAACUAGCAAAGGUUAAAUUUACUGUGAAGAAAUCAGAAGAUGAAGAUUACUCUAAAGACACUUAUAUUAUUGAAUUCCAAGGAAUUGGAAUGAGAAAUCCAAAUCUAUAGGGUAUUUACCUCUUAAAUGAUACCCCAGUGAUGUAUUGCACUAACUUAUUUCAUGUAUACUACAAAACAUCGAAUAUUAUUAAAGGGCCUGUCUAAAUUUGGAUAUGAAAUAUAUUCUAGAUUUACUGAGAAUGCUUCAUCAAAUUAAUCUUACUUUAAAUAUCUCCUGAGAUAUGGGCAAUAAAAUGUAAGAAUUG